AAUCGCAGAGAAAGAAACUGAGAAGCCAUCAAUGGUGGUUUAGACUUUAGAGAGAGAUGCAGACGUCACUGUUUCGACGCCUGGCUCCGUCGUUGGAAUCGAACAUGUUCGUAUUCGUUCUUGCCUCUCUCGUCAUCUGCCAGGUAAUCAUCCACCGGAGGCAAUCAUGUUCAAGCUGGGAACAUCCACAUCUUGAUGGGGCUAACUCCAUCGGCGGGUAUUUUUACAUCCACAAGACUCGAACCGAGACAUUUUGCUUAAGAGGAAUCAAGCAUGUACUACUUGAACCAAACACCAGAAGAUGAAUUUCUAGGAGGAAAUUAAUUAGAAGACCCUUUAAAGACAUUUUUGGUGUCCCUUAAUAUAAAACCCUUACUAAAUUUCGGAAAAAGAUUAUUAUCCUUUUCCCUAUUAUACAUUUGUUAUUCCAAAAUUUUGAUUACCACUAGUAAUUAAUUCUUUUCCAUGUUACCUAAUACAUUAAUUUCUGGUAAAUAUAGAAGAUUGUAUGAACUUUUUAAAACCAAUACAUUAAUUAGGCUCAUUACAUCUUUUCUUAAUAAGCAUAAUUGUCUAAAGUAAUCAGUGACAAACACUAUUUUUUUGGGUUUGUCAUUCCAUUGAUGGGUGGAUUCCAUUUUUAAAACGGAUUAAAUGGAUAACUUGAAAUUUAUCCUUGAAGCCCAUGUAAUUAUUUGAUCCAUGAUGGGUUUGGAAAUCACAAUGUCUAUAUUUAUAUUUAUUAGACUUACGCUCAAUUGUUAAGUGUUUUGGGCCAAAUAAGUUACUUAAGGCCCACGAUCAACCAAAACUAGGGUUCCAUUACAUCAUAUAUAUAUGGCCAGAACUCCUCUCCUCUCUUGAACCUGGUUGCGCCGAGCUCAGUUAUUCAGUUAUAGAGAGUGAAACAUGGACAAAUGCGAGAAAAUCAGCAACAGUUUUGAGGAAGGGUGGCCUUUACUCGAGAAAGCUGUGGACAGCCUCAUUAACCAAAUAGAAGGGGCAGCCAACUUAAGCUUCACAGUUCAGGAUUACAUGUCCUGUUAUACAACUGUUUAUAACAUGUGUACAGACCAAAUGGGUGCUCAUAAUUGCCAGCUGCUCUAUGGCAGAUAUAAGGAGGUCUUUGAGAAAUAUAUCAAUUCCAUAGUCCUUCCAUCUUUGCAAGUAAAGAAAGAUCGACAGUUGUUGAUUGAACUGCUGAGAACAUGGUCAAAUUACAAACUUAUGACCAAGUGGCUUUCAUUGUCCUUCUGUUAUCUUAACAGAUAUUACAUCCCAAACAAGAAUCUUACUUCUACUGAAGAAACUAGCUUCUUAAUCUUCUAUGACUUGCUACAUAAGAAGAUCAAUGUACAAGUUGCGGAUGCUGUAACAGCUAUGAUUGAUCAGGGACGUGCUGGAGAGCAGAUUGACCGAACACUGGUUAAUAACACAUUGGCCAUGUACUCGGACAUUGGAGUUAUCCUAAGAAUAAACAAUGCAAAAGACUUAUUAGAAAGCUUGAUUGAAGAGCAUGGAAUUGCUCAUCUGCCUCAAAUUCUGUGCAAGGAAGAGAUAUUCCCUGGCAUUCUAACCCCUUCAUCAAAGAAAAUCAGGUUGGUAAGUUCAGAUGGAGAUGUGUUUGAAGUUGACUGUGGUGUGGGUGUGGGACUCAUGUCAAAAACAAUUGAAGAUGCUAUCAAGACCAACCCUGCCGGUGGCACUGAAAGCAUUCUUGUCUAUCCAGUGAGUAGCAAAAUCUUGACCAAGGUAAUUGAAUACUGCAAGAAGUACACUGAAGCUUCUGAUCCCAAUUACAAGGAAGGCAUGUCUGGUGUUGAUAUCAAAGACUGGGGUGCUGAAUUUAUUGAUCUUGACAAUAACACUCUAUUGCAUCUUCAUAUUUGUGCAAAAUUCUUGAACAUCAAGAGUCUGCUACACCUGACAAACAAUGCAAUAGCAGACAAGGUGAAUUGGAAGGGUCCAAUGGCAAUUCGCCAGAUGUUUAACAUUAAGGAUACCUAGGGUCUGCUACACCUGACAAUCAUUGCAAUAGUGGAUAAGAUGGCACAGAAAGCUCCAGUGGUAAUUCGCCAGAUGUUUAACAUUGACGACAACUAGGAUCCAUUUCAAAUGUCUUCUGAUGAGAUUUUCAGCUAAAUUUAAAGCUGGGUUUAUUUUAUGUUUAGGGUCUCUAUUGGUUUACUGUUGAAUAGAGUUAUGUUAUGUAAACUUAUACAAUUAUGUUUGAUAGAAUUUUGUUCAAAAGAACAAAUUUGUGUUUGGUAAUGAUGUGUAGAAGUAAGUUUUGAAAAAUAAAUGCUGUUUUGAUGGAAUUAAGUUAAA